CUGGUCUUUGGAGUCCCUAACCCAGCGGUUCUCAACUGGGCAUGAUUUUGUCCUCCAAGGGACAGCUGGUAACGUCUAGGGAUCUGUGGGUUGUCACCCUGAAGAGGGUGUGCGCUGGAGAUGUCCGGUGGAGGAGGCCGUGGAGGCUGCUGGGCCUCCUGAAGCACAGGGCGGCCCAUCCCAACACCAACAAUCACCUGGCCCUAAUGCCAAGGGCACCAAGGCCGGGACGCCUGUAUGACCUCUGUAAUGGUCUCCAUCUCAGCUUUCUUCAUUCGCGACUCCAGCCACACUGGCCGCUUCCUGGCUACACCAUCGAGGCUCAGGGGCGUGCUGAACGUGCGGACGCUCCUGCUCACCAGCUCUACCCUCAAAUGUGCACAGAGAGCUCCCUGAAACUGUUCUGGGGAGCAGAUCCACCAGACAGCAUUCUGUCCCGAUGCCCCAAGGGGCAGCCAUGGCGCCACCCCGGGCUGGUGGGAGGAGAUAAGUGAGCUUCUGUGAGCUGGUGUGCAAGUCAUUCUCCUGAGGGGAUGGCUCCCGCUUGAUGAGCCUCAAUUAGGAAGAGCCAGGCUGAUGGCGGAAGGCAAGAGCGGGCCCGGCAUCCUCAUCACAUCCUGUGCCUGGGCCUCGGCCCCUGCAGGGCCCCGCCUGGGCCGCAGAGCUCCGGACGGGCUGAAGGACCAUGGCCCCCUGGCUGUCUGCCCUUCUCGGUCUUGGGCUGUGUCUGGGGCAGAAGAUGCAAACUCAGAAGGGCUCUCUCCCCAAGCCCUCCCUGCAUGCCUCGCCUAGCUCCCUGGUGCCGCUGGACAAGCCAGUGACCAUCCAGUGCCGGGGGCCCCCCGGCGUGGACCUGUACCGCCUGGAGAAGCUGAGGUCCGGGGCGUACGAGGACCAGGCUGUGCUCGUCAUCCCGGCCAUGAAACAGAACUUCGCUGGGCGCUACCGCUGCUCCUACCAGAAUGGGACCCGCUGGUCUCCCCCCAGCGACCGCCUGGAGCUGAUCGCUACCGGAGUUUACGCCAAGCCCUCGCUCUCAGCCCAGCCUGGCCCAGCCGUGUCUCCAGGAGGGGAUGUCACUCUACAGUGUCGGAGCCAAUACAGUUUUGACCAAUUUGCUCUCUACAAGGAGGGGGACACCGGGCCCUACAAGAGACCCGAGAGGUGGUACCAGGCCGAUUUCCCCAUCAUCGCAGUGACUGCUGCCCACAGUGGGACCUACCGGUGCUACAGCUUUUCCAGCCAACACCCGUACCUGUGGUCGGCCCCCAGCGACCCCCUGGAGCUUGUGGUCACAGGGACCUCUGGGACGCCCGGCUGGCUACCCACGGAACCGCCUGCCUCUGUGACAGAAUUCCCGGAAGUCUCCAGGAAGCUGAACGUCUCACUUACCAACAAAGGCUCCACAACGGAGCCUUCUAGGAAUAUCACCGUCAUUCCAAAGGGGCCAGACUCUCCAACUGGUCUUGCCCAGCAGCACUACACCAAGGGCAAUCUGGUCCGGAUCUGCCUCGGGGCUGUGGUCCUGACCCUCCUGGUGGGCUUUCUGGCAGAAGACUGGCACAGCCGAAGGAAACCCCGGCUGCACUUGGCCAGAGCCGUCCGCCGGCCCCUGCCGCCCCUUCCGAAGACCUGGAAGCCACACAGUCAGCAGGACAAGGGUCGACCACAUGGCCAUAACCAUGGGUGCCAUAAUUAGAACCCCAAGGCUUGGUUGUAUCUGUGAGAUAGGGAUUGUGAAGACCGUGUGUGGAGCGUGUGAAAUGUAAGAGCAGGAAGGUAGGGGCCAUGGCUGUGGAGGCGGCGGCCUAAGGGGCCUCUUCUUGGUGUCCCAUCAAGGAGCUGUUGGGCCAGUAUCUAUUCAGCUUUCUGAGGCCUCCCUUCACUUGGGAUUAGACUUUUCUAGAGGAUACCACCAUCUCCUCGCUCCUAUCUUGCACACUGUGGAUCUAGCUGGACCAUCACACUGACCUUUUCAUUCAGCCUUUUCUAAUACAUGUUCUGGGUUGACCUCCAAUGUCCCCAACACUCACAGCUGCCCUGUUCUAGCCUCUGCACACUUCUAGCCUUCCCCCACUUCCCUGUUGGCCCCUGUGCUUUCUCUGCAUGUCCCUGACUCUAACCUCAGCCGAGCUGGCUAAUCCAGACUAGCACUCAUUUCCCAAGCCUAUCGGCCUCACUUCUCUCCACAAACACUUGGUCACACGUGUGAGUACUCUGGUCUUCCCCCCACCACCCCACCCUGGGCUACUGCCCUUCUCCUUGGGCCCAAAUGCCAGUGCAGAACACAGGCUAGAUUACCGGGGGUCUCAACCUCAGGGCAUUUUUGCACAGCAUCUGGAGAUAUUUUGGGGGGGGGAGGGGAAACGCUGGCAGAGAUGCUUCUCUCUCUCCUUCUCUCUCUCACUCGCUCUAACAGAACGGACUCUUGGUGAGAGAUAUACUUAAGAUAACAAAGGAUUAUCUGGCUCCAAGUGUCAAUAGUGUAGAUGUGGAGAAAACCUUGGCUAGAAAACACGGAGAUCCCUUCCUAGCUUUUAAAAACUAGUGUUUCUCAAUUUUUUCUUUUUUAACAAGCAUUUAAUAAAAAAUGCUUAUUUUUGAGA